AUGGCAAUUAGAAAGCCUUUCCUAGUUUUGUUCCUAGCAAUAACUUGCUUGGUAGCAAGCACCCAUGGUGCAAAACCAACCCCUCUUGUUCCAUUUAGCAGAAGCAGUUUCCCUCCUGGUUUUAUGUUCGGAGCUGGAUCUGCUGCUUACCAGAUUGAAGGAGCGGCACUGAUUGAUGGAAGAGGAUUUAGCAUAUGGGAUGAAUUCACUAGGGAACAUCCAGAGGGAAAAGUUAGUCGAGGGGUGAACCAGUUGGGUGUUAAGUUCUACAAUAACGUCAUCAACGAGCUUCUUCACAAUGGUAUAAAGCCCCUUGUAACUUUACUCCAUUAUGAUCCUCCACAAACUCUCUUUGAGGAGUACGGUGGAUUCCUAAACUCCAAGAUAGUGAAUGAUUUUGCAGACUACGCAGACUUCUGCUACAAAACAUUUGGUGAUCGAGUGAAACUUUGGAUAACAAUGAACGAACCAAAUGGACUUGCUAUUAAUGGUUACACCAUAGGUACCUUUGCACCCGGUCGAUGUUCUAAAACUCUUGGAAACUGCACCGGCGGCAACUCUGCCAUCGAGCCCUACGUUGUUGCCCACAACUUGAUUCUUAGCCAUGGAGCUGCCGUGAAAUUAUACAAGGAGCAGUACCAGGCUAUUCAAAAGGGACAAAUUGGUAUUACAAUUGUAAGCCAUUGGUUUAUACCAAAAUUUAAUACAAGUGCCAACCGAGUAGCUGUUUCUAGAGCUUUGGAUUUCAUGUUUGGAUGGUUUGCUCGUCCAAUUACAUUUGGUGAUUAUCCGGAGAGCAUGAGAUCUUUGGUUGGAAGUCGACUGCCUAAAUUUACCAAAGAACAGUCUGAGAUGCUAAAAGGGUCCCUUGAUUUUCUUGGCUUAAACUACUAUACGGCAAAUUAUGCAGAAAGCGUUCCUUUGAAAGCUACCGGGGCUAACCUUAGUUAUAAUGACGAUAAGCGUGUCAAUCAAACUGCUGAAAAAAAUGGGGUUCCCAUAGGCACACCGACUGAUUUGAACUGGCUUUUCGUCUAUCCGAGGGGAAUAGAAGAUGUUCUGCUAUACAUCAAGGAUAACUACAAAAAUCCACCAGUUUAUAUCACCGAAAAUGGAAUUGCUGAAAAUGCGUCGCGACCCCUUGCCGUUGCCCUUAAGGACAGUUGGAGAAUCAGAUACCACAGUGCCCACCUUUCAUAUCUUUUGAAAGCUAUCAAGAAGGGGGUAAAUGUGAGGGCAUACUACAUGUGGUCAUUUUUGGACGACUUCGAAUGGGAUGCUGGCUACACUGUUCGCUUUGGUGUGACUUUUGUUGAUUACAAGGAUAAUUUGAAACGCUAUCUCAAAAAUAAGUUGGAUGACAGGCUAGAGAGCACAUGA